UAUGCAUCCGUAUCUUCCUGGACGCCGCACCCUCACGCUCACUGGUCACUCAGCCACCGCACGAAGAUUCUACUAAUCUGAACAACUGAUCAGUGCUUCUCUUAAUUGAGUCGAGUCAUGUCUCAUGAUUCAUAAAAUUAAGGAUAUAAUUGUAAUGUACCAUUGUUUUCAUUGAAAGAAAUAAUAAUGGAUUAAACAAACAAAAAAUAGGUAAGAAUACAAACGACGGUAACCACAUUUUGAUACCCCACAGUUUACGAUGGUGGAGACGGUGACCACGGCGAUAUUUGAUCAAUUCGAAUCCUUGAGGACACGGAAGCCAUUGGUGGUGGGACUUGUGUGCCUGCUCCUCUUCGUCAGCGGCCUCACUAUGUGCCUGCAGGGAGGCGUCUACAUGUUCGAGCUCUUCUUCUUCUUCUCAUCCAGUGUAUCGGUCAUUAUUCUCGCUAUUGUGGAGAUUGUGGCUAUCCAGUAUGUUUACGGUUUUAAGAAGUUUUAUCGUCACAUCACUGAAGAUAUGGGCAUUGGCAUCCCGCGGCCUCUACAAGCAUACUGGACAGUCACGUGGCUCGUUGUCACUCCACUGGCGCUCUUGAUCAUUUUGGUGUUCUCUUUUAUAUACUUCGUUCCUGCUUACUGGGGCGACUACGAGUUUCCAUCUGGAAUACAAGUGCUCGGCUGGCUCCUCGUCUUCUCUUCCGUUAUACUGAUACCGCUGGGGAUGAUCUAUGCCACGGUAGCAGGCUCAGGUUGCACAAGAGCCUUGCUGGCCAGUUCUCCAGACUUUUGCCCUGCCCACAUAAGAAAGCAAGGUGCAGGUGGCGGCCAGGUGAAUCUAGCAUUUGAAGUCGCCGAUGCUCCUCAUCUGGUACAUCACUUCUAAGUGUGGCUCACCGGCGGAAACAAGGCCGACAUCAGUUAGAAGUAGACAGUAUAGUAUUACCACAAGAAACUGGCGGGUGGGUGGUGGCGGCUGCGGGGUCAGCCC